UCAUAGCUACCGCGCAUAAACCCUAAAAUCUCAUGGCUAUGGCGUCCAUUGCCAGAUUAUCCGCGGCUCCUCCAGCGGCACGCCCGAUCGGCGCCAAGACCCCGCGGUGCUUCUUCUCUUCGCAAUGCAGGAUCGAUCGCAGCAGGAGGAAUCGCGGCACGAUUGCGAGAGCGUUCUCGGACGAUUCGAGGCGAGAUGGAGAGAAGAAUGCGGGCAAGAAAGGCGGCCAGGAAGAAGGAGAAGAAGAAGGAGAAGAGGGCGUGGAAGAUCUGAUGCUACCGGUGGAAUGGUCGACGGCGUCGGCAGCAGCAGAGGAAUCGCAGUGGCUGAGGGAGAAUCUCCAUGCCUGGCUCGACAACGAGUACUGCCCGGAGCCCGCCAACGCCGAGAUCAGCGAUCGAUGCGCCACUGUCUACUACCGCUGCCUGAUCGAGAAGGAGCUCGAUGCUGGCAACAUCCUCAUGCGAAUCGUGGAGAAUUUGGAGAGCUUCUCCUUCAAAGAGAGCUUCCAUGGCGCGUUCUCCUCCGCGAACGCGGCCAUUCAGCUCAUUCUCACGAGAGUGAAGUAAAGAGAGGAUGGAGGCAAUCGGACGGACACCAAUGCCCACGAUAAGAACACGACUAAGUCACGAAGCUUACAUUAUGGUAAGCUACUGGGGACUGGAUCGCGUCAAUAGGUACUAACAAGAGGAGAAUUCAGAAGAAGAAGACGAAGAAGACGAACAGGGGAGCUCCUCCAAUUCACUCUUAAUUUUCCAAUGUGUCGAUAGCGAGCGACAAA